GGUGAUCUUUUUUUACUCAUAGGCGAAACACUAAAGUGGGAAAGAGAAAGAUGAAUUGGAUCUUCCUAUGUAGCUGCAAGUGACCCGAAUAUUUUCUUCAAAGCUUAUUUACGACGUUUCUCAUUGUCUAUGCUGUAGAUACGCAUCCCGAGCGAUACAUACGGUGUAAAGCUUUUAGUGACAAAUGUAUAGUAAAAAUGAAGGAAAACGCGGUACUUAAGUGGCAAAAAGUCUUCAAUCCCACCGGCCCUCAACCACGUCCCCGGCAUGGCCAUCGCGCGGUCGCCAUCAAAGAUUUGAUGAUAGUUUUCGGCGGCGGAAACGAAGGAAUAGUUCAUGAGCUUCACGUCUUCAACACCACCACAAACCAAUGGUUUGUUCCCGUCACAAAGGGAGAAGUGCCUCCAGGAUGCGCUGCCUACGGUUUCGUGGUCGACGGGACGAGACUUCUGGUGUUUGGCGGCAUGGUCGAGUACGGCAAGUAUUCUAACGAUUUGUACGAACUGCAGGCCUCGCGGUGGGAAUGGAAGCGAUUGAAGCCUCUACCACCCAAGCAGGGACUCCCGCCGUGCCCCAGACUCGGUCACAGCUUCACCCUACUCAAUGGGAAAGUUUACCUUUUUGGAGGUCUGGCGAAUGAAAGUGACGAUCCCAAGAACAAUAUUCCGAGGUAUCUCAACGACUUGUACACUCUAGAACUGUACCCCAAUUCGUCAAUGACGGUAUGGGACAUACCUUUGACUUAUGGCCAGUCACCUCCACCGCGGGAAUCGCACAGUGGUGUGGCCUACACAGACAAAAAUAGUGGCAAAUCAUCCCUAAUUAUUUAUGGUGGCAUGAGUGGAUCUCGCCUCGGUGACCUCUGGGUGCUAGACGUGGACAGCAUGUCUUGGUCACGUCCAGAAGUUGGAGGGCCUGCACCACUUCCCCGAUCCCUCCACACUGCAACAGUGAUCGGACAACACAUGUACGUGUAUGGAGGUUGGGUGCCUUUAGUCCCUGAUGAAUCUAAACUUGCCACUCAUGAAAAAGAAUGGAAAUGCACUAACACUCUUGCAUCACUCAAUCUAGAAAAUAUGACAUGGGAUAACAUUGCAUUGGAUAAGUUUGAAGAGUGCGUACCUAGAGCUAGAGCCGGUCACAGCGCUGUCGCCAUUCAGACAAGGCUGUACAUUUGGUCUGGACGUGACGGAUACAGGAAAACUUGGAACAAUCAAAUCUGCUGUAAAGACCUUUGGUAUUUGGAAGUCGGAGUUCCGCCGCAAGCAGGCCGCGUGGCGCUCGUGCGCGCCGGCACCACGUCGCUGGAGCUGUGCUGGCCCGCGAUGAACACCAUCACGACUUACGUCCUUCAAGUGCAGAAGUGCGGCAAGGUGACCCCGGCGCGCUUCCCGGCCACCGCCGAGCCCGUGGCCGCGCCGCCGCCGGCGUCUCCGGUGACCCCGCAGCCCGACGCAGCCAGCAAAGCCUUCGGUCUCACGUCGCCCGUGUCCACCGGUUUGCCCACGCCGGCGGACAUUCCCGCGCGGCCCGUCGCGGUCGCCGCGUCGCCUGUCGCCACCCCGAUCGUCUCUACGCCACAAAAAAUCGUCUCCGGACCUAUCAAAGUCCCGACGCAACCGACCGCCGUCAAAAUAUCUCCUCAUACGCCCACUCAGAAAAUCACUACUUAUCAAGGCAAAACUGUGGUCAAGUCUCCUGCACCAGGUUCCUCGCAACAGAUCAAAGUCGCCGCUGUUACUCCUCAAGGCGUCACCAGAAUCGUCAGCGGUGUCGCCACUCCGACAACCGUUCGAGUGUCGACGGCGCAAUCGAACGCACAGAUCGUCCUCAGUUCCGGUACCGCCGGCGCGGUCACGCCUAGGUUCGUGCAAGUGAAGACGGGCGGGAGCGGCGCUGUUCCGGUCAAGCUGGGAGCGGGAAACGUCCCAGUCAAACUGGCCGGCGGCGCGGUGCCGCUGAAAAUCGGCACGGCCAACUUGCAGGGUAAGAUAGCGACGAACAGCGUACAGAAAGUGGGUCAAGUCGCCACAACGAACGUACCAUUAAAACUCGGCGCCGGAAACGUGAAGAUCGGCACGAGCAACGUGCUAGUGAAGACGGCGGGCGGCGUGCCCAUACAGGCGGGCGUCGCGAACCUGCAGACCAAGGUCGCGGCUGGAGUGCCGGUCAAACUGGGCGCGGGCAACCUGCCAGUGAUCGCGAGCAGCGGAGGCGCCAUCCAGAUCGCGGGCGGGGCGCUGGGCGGGCAGAAGACGCCGGUGUACAAGAUCGUGACGGCCAAGUCCGGCGAGCAGACGGCGACGGUGGCGACGUCCGCGGGCGCGGCCGCCGGCACCACGGUGCUGCGGCAGGCGGGCGGCAACGCCGGCAUCCCCGUCAUCAUCAAGAAGACGCCCGGCGCGAACGCGCAAGCGAGCAACGCGCCGCAGUACGUGACCCUGGUGAAGACGUCGACGGGGAUGACGGUGGCGACGGUGCCGAAGAUGGCGAUGAUGCAGAACCGGGCGGUGGCGCCGGCGAGCGCGGGGCAGGCGCAGAACAUCGCGCCCGGCGCCACCAUCGUGAAGCUGGUGUCGGCGAACACGGUGGGCGGGAACAAGAUCAUCACGCUGCCGUCCAACAUGCUGCAGCUGGGCAAGGCGGGCGUGGGCGGCAAGCAGACCAUCGUCAUCACCAAGUCGGCCAGCCAGGCCGCGCCGCCCAGCCAGCCGCAGUGAGCCGGCUCCCGGCGCGGGACUGCAGUGUUCGUGGCGCCCGUCCGUGCGAGGUCGCGGUGGCGACGGCCGUAACAGCAGUGGUAUGACGAAUGUAAAUUUUAAUGUGAAACACUAAAGUGAGUCGGUUGAACUGUAAUGAUAGUAUAUUUUAAAAUCAUAAUUAUUAUAGUUAUAUGAGUUUUUGUAUGUUACAUGGGUCUGUGUAGAAAGUGUCCUCAUAGAGUUUUUCUAAAAUAUUUUAUUUACUCUCUUAAAAUUAAUAUUAUUGAUAGAAUAUAAUUAAAUAUUCGUGUCUAAUGUACACACUGAGUGAAGCCAUUUCAUGAUCUGUCAUGCUGUAGCUGUUUGUUGUAUCUUGUCUUGUGAAGCACACCAUUUCCUGCACUUUCAAUGUUACAGAAAUCUUGAUAAAUGUACCUACUAUUUUUAUUUAACCAACUUAUGCUAAAGUGCCUGUUGUGUGCAGUCUACAUAGUUAUGAAUAAUGCUUAGAUUUUAAAGUAAACUGGAUUACAUCAAUUAAUAAUAUACAUAGAUUUUAAUAAUGUUUUAAUAGAGGAAAAUAAUAGAUUGUGUAUGAAGCUCAAAAUUAUAUUUUUUAUGGAUGGUAUACCUCGUAGAUGCCUUAAAUUCAUUCUUUGAUUGUGGCCACUG